AUAUCCCUAAUGGAAACCUGGUAUAAAUAUUGUUUGUCCUAAAAAGUGACAGUUUGUAUAACGUCGCCUAAUUUUUCGCUUAGCAAAAAGGAAGAUAGUACUGUGUUGUUCUCCUUUCAAAGAAAUUAUUGUUUUAGAUUCUGCUUCUAUUUUACAGCGAAUAUUGCCUCUUUAAGGUAGACAUCUGAAUGUCUUUCAUUGUUUUCUUUUUAAUGACAUCGCUAUAAACGCUAUGCAAUAUUUCUUUCUAUUUACUUUUAUUUCUUCUUUCACUCUUUGCGUCAAUUCAUAUUUCAGUUUAUUAACAGGUUCAUUUGUUAAUUUAUAAUUUUGUUUACGUUCAUUAAAAUUGAUGUAAACCAUGAAAAGAAUUUAUGACACUUCUGAAGAAAUAUCAGCUAUUCUAUUUAAAAGACUAAGAAGGUUAAUAACAAUUUUCACUCUAUAAUUUGAGAACAAUAACAAUUGUAACAAUUCUAUUUAUUAGCCUUCAUGCUGUUAUAACCAUGUAUCAUUAUUCAUUGCAUUUUUAAUGAUCAGCAAAGUGUUAUAAAGAUAUUAAAAACUGUUCACAGAUCAACAAUGUUUGGCUGGGGAGAUAACUCAAAGGGACAAUUAGGAUUAGUAGUACCAUCUCGCAAUGUAAAGAAACCAACAGAAGUACCUUUCAGUAGAGAUUUGGAAAUAUCACAAAUUGCUUGUGGAGAUAAAUUUACUUUAAUUUUAACGAAAGGAGGUGUAAUUUACUCGCUUGGCGAUAAUUCAUCUUAUCAACUUGGGCAAGAUCGAGUGUCAGCUUCACCUCAAGUCUUAGCCGCCCUCGAAACUCAAACUGUUACAAAUAUUCAGUGCGGAUUGCGUCAUAGUAUUGCUCUUACUCGUGAAAAUGAGUUAUUCGCAUGGGGAUGUAAUAUUAAGAAACAAUUAGCUCAAAACAGUAUUAAUAAAACCCAUGUUCCAAAGCUUGUAAAAUUUCCCUCUAAUGCUAAAAUAGUUCAAAUUGCGUGCGGUGGAUUCCAUACUGCUAUCGUUACUGAUAUUGGGGAAGUUUUUGUUUUUGGCGAUAAUAGCGAAGGACAGCUGGGAAUAGGAAAUCAACAAGUAACAGUUCCAACUAUUUUGCCUACGUUGCCAGGUUUACCGGUUAAACAAUUAGCUUGCGGCCAAGCCCAUACUUUUGUAUUAACGAUAUCUGGUGCUCUAUUUGGUUUCGGACGAAAUUCCUACGGACAAUUGGGAUUAGGUAAUGAAACCAAUCACCUGUAUCCUACUCAAUGUAAAAACUUAAGAGACCAUAAAAUUGUUUAUGUUACUUGCGGGGGAGAUCAUACUGCUGCAGUUGCCACUGAUGGAGGUCUUUUCACAUGGGGUCUAAAUGACUGCGGACAAUUGGGGCACAGUUCAAAGGCAAAUCAGAGUCUUCCCAUCAAAUGCGUUGAGUUAAUGGGCGCGACUGUUAUUCAAGUAGCAUGCGGUGAUAAGCAUACAACCGUAUAUAUUAAAAAUACUAAUAAAAUACUUGCCUUUGGUAGAGGGACAGAAGGGCAGUUAUGUUCCAAUUUAGAUUUUAGUAGACAUCCUGUUGAGAUCGAAUUUGACAAUCGAUUCCAUAAAAUUUUCUCUGGAGGUUGCCAAAAUUUCUUGCUUGCAAAUGACCAACCACUUGAAGAUAUGAGAGCUGAGGAGAGCGUUUUGCUACUCUUAGACAAUAAUAGACUGGAUCAGUUGAAAAGUUACAAAAUAGAUGACGACGUUCCUACUUCAUUUUUAGAAGAAACAAAGAGAGCGUUUGGCUCUUUAUCAACCUACAAUUCUUCAUUUUUGAAAGGAGGUGGGAUGCACUUCAACUGCUCCUCCAAGAAUAAUGGACUUGACCUAGAUGCUUGUUCCGAUUUUUGGGCAGGUAUCAACGACCUCCAGAAUCAGAAACUUAAACAGAUCAUAGAUUCAUCAAUAUCCUGCAAUCUUAUUCCUGUGAUAAAAUCUUUAAACAAUCCACCAGACGUUGAAACACUUAGAAUAUAUUUAAUUUUACCAACUUCCCAUCUAUUUUCAAAGACUAGCAAAACAACUUCUGUUCAAGUUGCGUACGGAACGGCUCUAACUAAUUUAAAGCCAAUUCCAUAUAAAAUAGUUGAUAAAUGGUGGACAGCGUUAGCGACUAGACACUUUAAUAAAAUUAUCGUAGCUUUUAAGAGUAGCGUUGUCUCCCUUCUACAGGCACGUAACAAUGACGACGUCUUAGUUUGUUUAAAAACGCUUGCGAAAGCUUAUAAUAUCAAUUUAUCAACUCAUAAAGUGCCUUAUGAAAAAUUUUAUAUUUCGGAAGUAACUAACAUGGUUGACAUAAAGAGAGACUAUAUUAGUUGGAUUAGAAUGCCAAUAAACGGAACCGAAAAAGUGUUCUCUUUAUGCAAUUACCCUUUUGUGUUUAAUCCCGAAGCCAAGUGGACAUUAUUAAGGCUAGACACUCAAAUUCAAAUGAUGAGGAUCAUGGAAGAAAUUCAACGUCGAAAUCUUUUUCAACCGCCAGGCUUUCGUUCCGAUAAUCCUUAUUUUUUUUUAGAGGUUCGCAGAGAUCAUAUAAUUGAAGAUACGUUAAACAGACUGGCCUCGUGCGCUCAUGAGUGUAAAAAGCCUCUUAAGGUAAAAUUUAGCGGGGAAGAAGCCAUUGACGAAGGAGGAGUUCAAAAAGAAUUUUUUCAAUUAAUCAUUAGUGAACUUCUGGUCUCAACCUACGGUAUGUUUUCGGUAAAUGACCAUUCAAGACUACUCUGGUUCUCCGAUUUGACUUUCGAACAAAAACAUAUGUUUUCAUUAAUAGGCAUGAUUUGUGGGUUGGCAAUUUACAAUUCAAGAAUCAUUGAUGUUCCUUUCCCAUUAGCUUUAUAUAAAAAGCUUUUAGGGAAACCCGUCAACUUGGAUGAUUUCAAAGAGUUAGAUCCUGCUAUAGGAAACAGCUUAGAGCAAUUAUUAGACUAUGAAGAUGGGGACCUUGCUGAGGUUUUCUAUCUCAAUUGGGCCGUAAAUAGAGAAGAAUGGGGUGAAAUGAAAACAAUUCCUCUAUGUCCAAACGGAGAAAAUAUACCAGUCACUCAAGAGAAUAAAAAGGCCUACGUUGAGGCUUAUACAAAUUACAUCUUUAACGAUAGUGUAAAGGAGCAAUAUAAUGCUUUCGCCGAGGGAUUCAAAAGGGUCGCCGGAGGACGUGUUCUGGAAUUGUUUGAAGCCGAAGAACUUCGUGCCGGCGUUUCCGGGAACGAAAAUUACGAUUGGGAAAUCCUAGAAAAUACAACACAGUAUAAAGGUGUUUUUUGGGCAAAUCAUCCAACAAUACAGCUAUUUUGGAAAGUUUUUCGAAGUCUAUCGGAGGAGGAAAAGAAAGCAUUUCUUAAAUUUCUCACUGGUUCGGAUCGUAUACCAAUACACGGAAUGGAUAAAUUAAAAAUAUCCAUAAAGCCUAGCAUAGGAGAUGAAAGUCAUUUACCAGUUGCUCAUACUUGUUUUGACGAAUUAGACUUGCCACUCUAUCAAGAUGAGAAUACCAUGAGAAAAAAAUUAACAACAGCCAUAGCCAGCAACGAAGGUUUUGGUCUUAUGUGA